AUGAGAGAAUUGGAGAGUACCUUGAAACAGGUACAGGAGCGACUUAAGGAGGCAGAAGAAAGACCUACGGAGGAGCAGACGCUGGAACAGGAGGAGAACCAAGGAGAAGACGCUUCGAAUAAAGUUCAUGAAGAGGAGGCGAAAUUCACGGACAAUAGAGGAUAUUCUCAGGAGGAAAACGGAGAAUUAGAUCAAGAGAAUGAUGACAGUAAAGAGGAAAAUAAUGAACUGGUCACGAAAAAGGAUCUCGAAAAGAACGGGACAAAAACUCCGGGUCAAGAGGGCAGCAGCAGGUGGUCCGUCGUCCAGUCCAUGACCCUUCAAACGCAUUGCGAGAAGCUGCACAGCAUCAUGUUACCUGUAGCAUUUCAGGAGCUCCUACUGAAAGACGAAAAUGGCCUCGCCUUCGUCAAGUACAAGAACAAAGUCCUCCUCAACUUCAUGCAUCACGAUAAGAACCACGUACGUGCCGUGCUCAGCAGAUGUCUCAAAUCUACAGCGGAGGAAGUUCUAGUCGAUCUCCAAAAAUUGGUUUUGAGGAUCACAAAGGAAUAG